CAAAAGUGAUAAACGUCAAAAAAGGCAUGAUUGGGUGCAUUUUGACGAGUCAGACAAAGAAAAGCUCUCGAAAAUAAAAUCGGUAAAUCUUGAUCUCACAAACAAAUUUGCCAAAUUUAGAUUUUGAUUGUAAUACUGUGCAAACCUGAAAAAUGCCUAACAUCAAGUUACAAUCUUCUGAUGGCGAAAUCUUCGACACCGAUGUGCAAGUAGCUAAAUGCAGUGGAACAAUCAAAACCAUGUUGGAGGACUUGGGCAUGGAAGAUGGGGAAGAUGAAGUAGUCCCGUUACCCAACGUGAACUCGGCUAUUUUGCGCAAAGUACUACAAUGGGCUACCUAUCAUAAGGAUGAUCCUCAGCCAACAGAAGACGAUGAAAAUAAGGAGAAACGCACUGAUGACAUUUCUUCCUGGGAUGCUGAUUUCCUAAAGGUUGAUCAAGGAACAUUGUUCGAAUUGAUUUUAGCCGCCAACUAUUUGGAUAUCAAAGGUCUGUUGGACGUCACUUGCAAAACUGUGGCUAAUAUGAUUAAGGGAAAAACUCCCGAGGAAAUUCGAAAGACUUUCAACAUCAAGAAUGAUUUCACACCAGCCGAAGAGGAACAAGUCCGUAAGGAGAAUGAAUGGUGUGAAGAAAAGUAAAUAACACUAAAACAACCGACACACCUAAAUACGAUUGGAACGAUCUAUUUUAUUUUCCUUUUUUUUUCUCCCACGAUUUUUUUAUUUGAACUAGUAUUUAAAUGAACUCAUAAAGAUUCAAAUAUAUAGGAGAGUUGAAAUAUGAUUUAGAUAUAAAUACAUACAAAAAUUAUUAAUUCUUACGCUCCCGUGUGUAAUAUUGAUUUGUCACUAAACUAUUCAAUGCAAAGCAAAGAUGAAACGAACAUAUGUACAUUAUCAUUAAUAAAAUAAAAUAACAAAAAAAUUGAAAGAAAAGAAUAA